CUCGGCCAACAGUUGGGAAGGAUAGUGAGUGCCUCGACGCUGUACCUCUGAAAGCACGGAAUGAAAUUUGCUUUAAUAUUGAAGAGAAACCCCCGUAAACAGGAGUUUCAUUUAUUGCACACCUGAGUUUUUAUUCACUUCAGUGGUGAACAAAUACAUCUUUUUUUUUCUGGAUUUCUGAGUGGUUUCCUCAGCAGAAAUCCAAGCUACCAAGACAACAACUUAGAUACCUGUACGGCAUUGGGUUUCGGAUGAGACUUUCCUAGGUCAAGUUUCAUAAAAUUGCUCGAGUCCACUUUGUGGAACCAUGGCAAGGAUAAAUAGUGGUGUUUUCAGCAAGCUUUUCAAAAUUCUUCUGGCAAUUGUCUUGGCUCCAAGUUUGAGAUGCUCAGCGGAGGCCGAGCCAAGCCACUCCCAGGCGGUGGAAUACGAGGGCCUGGCCGAGGCGCAGAGUGGAGCAGCGCCCACCGCUGAAGGUUUCUUUCUGGAGUUCCAGGAGCCACUGCACAAUGACACCUUCAUGCAGGGCAUGAUGGCCACGCUGCACUGUAAGGUGACGGGGAACCCACGCCCCACCAUCCGCUGGCUGAAGAACGACGCCCCUGUUGUCCAGGAGCCGGGCCGAAUCUCCAUCCGCAAGACGGAGGCGGGCUCCAAGCUGCGCAUCACCGACCUGGACACAACCGACACCGGCUACUACCAGUGCGUGGCCUCCAACUCGGUCAAGGUGAUCUCGUCCACCGGCUUGCUCUACGUGAAACUCGGGCAGUCGCCAACCCAGGAGCCGAAUGAAGCAACGCAUGAGAAGGGCUUCUGUCAGCCGUACAGGGGCAUUGCCUGUGCCCGCUUCAUCGGCAACCGCAGCAUCUACGUGGAAUCGUUACAGAUGCAAGGAGAGAGCGAGAACCGCAUCACAGCCGCGUUCACGAUGAUCGGCACGUCCACGCAGCUCUCAGACCAGUGCUCCAAGUUCGCCAUCCCCUCCUUCUGCCACUACGUGUUCCCGCUGUGUGACGAGGGCGCCCGGGGCCCGCGGCGCCGCCAGCUGUGCAGGGACGAGUGUGAGGCGCUGGAGAACGAGCUGUGCCACACGGAGUACACCAUCGCGCGCUCCAACCCGCUCAUCCUCAUGCAGCUAGAGUUGCCCACCUGCCACUUGCUACCUUACCCGGGUUCACCUGAUGCCGCCAACUGUAUGAGGAUCGGGGUGCCCCUGGACCAGCUGGGACCAUAUUCGCCAACAGAUCACAGCUGCUAUAACAACAGUGGCGCCAACUACAAAGGAACGGUGAGCGUCACCAAGUCAGGCUAUCCUUGCCAGCCAUGGAGCACCCAGUACCCCCACAGCCACCACCUGACCCCUGCGGAUUACCCCGAGCUGCGUGGGGGCCACAACUUCUGCCGUAACCCUGGGGGCCAGAUGGAGGGACCCUGGUGCUUCACUCUGGAUCAGCAGGUCAGGGUGGACUUGUGCGACAUCCACCCAUGCGCGCCCCCAAAGAACCUAAAGAAGGAGAUCCUGUACAUCCUGAUCCCCAGCAUCGCUAUCCCGCUGGUCAUCGCCUGCCUCUUCUUCCUGGUAUGCAUGUGCCGCAACAAGCAGAAGGACCCAACGGACACGCCCCCUCGCCGUCAGCUCACCGCUUUGCCCAGCCAGGACUUGGAGCUGCCGCUCCUCAACCAGCACAAGCACCAGGCGAAGCUGCGUGAGAUCAACCUCUCCGCGGUGCGCUUCAUGGAAGAACUAGGCGAGGACCGCUUUGGCAAGGUCUACAAAGGCCACUUAUAUGGCACGGCCCCCGGUGAGCAGACCCAGGUGGUGGCCAUCAAGACCGUCAAGGACAAGGAUGAGGGCACCCUGCGCGAGGAGUUCCGCCACGAGGCCAUGCUGCGCUCGCGUCUCCAGCACCCCAACAUCGUGUGCCUGCUGGGCGCGGUUACCAAGGAGCAGCCGAUUAGCAUGAUCUUCAGCUACUCCGGCCUGGGUGACCUGCAUGAGUUCCUGGUCAUGCGCUCGCCGCACUCCGACGUGGGCAGCUCAGAUGACGACAAGACCGUCAAGUCCACGCUGGAGCAGGCUGACUUCCUGCAUGUUGUGACCCAGGUGGCUGCUGGGAUGGAGUAUCUAUCCAGCCACCACGUGGUGCACAAGGACCUGGCAGCCCGCAACAUUCUUGUUUGCGACAAGCUCAAUGUCAAGAUCCUGGACCUGGGCCUGUUCCGGGAGGUCUACUCCGCGGACUACUACAAGCUGAUGGGUGCUAGCCCCUUCCCCAUCCGCUGGAUGUCCCCGGAGGCGAUUGUGUACGGCAAGUUUUCCACCGACUCCGACAUCUGGUCCUACGGCGUAGUGCUCUGGGAGAUUUUCAGCUACGGCCUCCAGCCCUACUGCGGCUACUCCAACCAGGACGUUAUUGAGAUGGUGCGCAACCGGCAGGUGCUGGCCUGCCCCGACGACUGCCCCGCCUGGGUCUACACGCUGAUGCUCGAGUGCUGGAGCGAGUUGCCGGCGCGCCGCCCGCGCUUCAAGGAUGUCCACGCGCGCCUGCGCACCUGGGAGAGCCUGUCCAACUACAACAGCUCGGCGCAGACCUCGUGCACCAGCAACACCACCCAGACCAGCUCCCUGAGCACCAGCCCCGUCAGCAACGUCAGUAUGAGCGCGCCAAAUGCGGCGCGCUACGCCGGCCCGAAGAAGAGCUCGCCCUUCCCGCAGCCCCAGUUCGUGCCGAUGAAGGGCCAGAUGCACCGGCCCAUGCUGCCGCAACACGCGCAGCAGCUCUACAUCCCGGUGAAUGGCUACCAGCCCAUGCCGGCGUACCCGUACAUGCAGAACUUCUACCCCAUGCAGAUGUCCAUGCACCAGAUGGCCCACCAGCAGGUGGCUCACCACCCGCCACAGAUGGUUGCCAAGGCGGGCUCGCACCACAGCGGCAGCGGUUCCACCUCCACGGGCUACGUCACCACGGCGCCCUCGAACACCUCUGGCACGGAGCGCGCGGCCCUGCUCAGUGACAGCCCCAAGGCGAACGAGGAGGACGCGGCGGACGGCGCGUCCCAGAAUGGGCCGGGCCAUGGCGAGGACACGGCGGUCCCGGAAACUGAAUUGUUGGGCGACAGCGACCUACCGCAGGCCGACGACAUGGAGAUGUACUCUGAGGCGUAGAGGGAAAGUCCAGAGGACUGGGGAACAAACUUGAGUCUUAAGAGGCUCUGGUCAACUUAGUUAGUAUUGAGUUCAAUAGAGCGCCAGGAAUAAGUGAAGGGAACGCAUUGGAUAAACAAUGACUGAAUGUUAUUUAUGUUUUGUUUUGCUGUCACUGGUGCAUCCGAAUGCUAGCAGCGUCUCAGGUUUUUCCCCUGCAGGACCUCUGGCUAAGUUUCCUAACUUUGGGUAAUGAACCCUGGACUAGAGCUGGGACGAUUCACCAAAAAUCACUGACAAGGAUCAAACCGACCACUUAUUGUGGUUGUUUUGCUGAAAUUGUACACUAAGAUGAAUAUACCUAUAAGGCCCUACUAGAGAAAUGUGAAGUUCAAGAUGAAAUGCUAAUAUGGGUGAUUGUUAAUGGGACAAUUGAUAGCUACAGCAUUCAAAGUAGUAGUAGUAGUAAUUUCAGUGGUAAUGUUUUUUGAUGUUGUAAUCUUCAAUUUAUAGUUUUUGCCCAUGUCGCCCAGCUCUAGCCUAAACUCUGGAAGCUACUCGACAGAAAAUGGUAAUGAAGAGCCACGUUUUCACCGUUUAGGCUGCGGGUGUAUACCAACGUGGAAAGGGUUUUCACUUUGUUGCAAAGCCAUUCAGAAGAAUUUAUGUUCUUACUGUUGCUGUGCAACAUGAAGCGUUUUCUUUUCGACAAGCAUUCCUGAAGUCGCCUUGCGAUGAUGUUUUAAACUUUUCCAUUUUAUAUUGAUAGGCCUUCUCCAGAGACAAUUUUACUGUGGUUUAUCGUAAGAUAUAGAAGUGUCGAUUUUGUUAACCUAAACGAAAAAGACAUGGCAGAAUGUAUGGUGUAUGGGCAAAACAAGUCAUUGGAGCUUGAAACGUCUUUACAAACAGUAUUUAGAUAACACCUUCGGAAAUAUGUUAUACUCGAUAGUUAAAUAUUCUUCACUGUAGCCGAAACAGAACGUGUUACUACUCAACGUAACAUGAUGAGAUAAGUCCAGAAAGAUAUGUACAUGUGCGGAAUUUUUUAUGUUUAGCUUCAUUCCGUAUGACUGCGUUGUUAAUAUUGCCUUUUGAAUGGAUUUGGAUGUUAGACAUUGCUCAACAUUUUCUUUGAUACCUUGUUGUACAGAUUUGUAAUUUAUGUAAUUAAUGUUGUUAAACUUUUUUUCCAUUGUUUUAUCAUGCCUUGUUUGCGAAGAUGACUUACAUUUCAUUGCAAACAAAUAUUGGCUUUCAUCCUAGGUGUAAUUAAAAAAGUUAACCAUAUUGUAUACAUCCAGCCGCAUGGAUUAUCCAAUAAAGUGAUACAAUAUAAAGACA